AUGAUUGCAUUUUCAGAGACGUACUUCGUCUCAGAUGUUGGCAUACAAUCCGACAUCAGCUAUCAACGAUCCAGCGAGGCGCCUAAGCCAUCUGCGCCGCCAGCACCUCAACGUCAAGCAAACAACAUCCCACCACCACCACCACCACCUCCGAUGAGCAACUCACCGUCAAUGCUUGACGAAAUCAACUCGUUAAAACUUCGUCAAGCACCACACGCAGCACGCAAACCGUCCUCGCCUUUGCCACAACAACAACAGCACAAUUAUGCAGAUGACACAGCGAAUGGCUAUAUGCAUAGCGGCGAUGAGAUGGAGAAUGGAAACGAUUACGAGUACGAGAAACAUAAGUCACAACGACCUCGACUGGACAUCAUUCGACGACGUGCGUUUGUUUUGUUGAUUGAUAGUUGA